AAACACCCUGAGGAGGAACUCUGAGUCCUGCCUUCGUCUCCGACUGAAAUCAAACUAACACUGAACAAGGAGAACAGAGAGAGAACUGAGCAACUAGACACUGAAACACAGACUGCUGCAGGAGGAAAAACAAGACAAUCAAAGUCAAACUUCACUCUGAGACAAAAUGGCUUCCAGAUCAGACGAUGAUCUCUGCUGUCCGGUCUGUGUGGAAAUAUUUAAGGAUCCGGUUAUUCUGUCAUGUAGCCACAGCUUCUGUAAGGAGUGUCUGCAGAAAUAUUGGAGAGAGAAACCAGUAAAAGAGUGUCCACUUUGUAAAAGGAGAUCUUCUAAAGAUAUUCCACCUUUAAAUCUGGCUCUGAAGAAUCUCUGUGAGUCUUUCUUACAGCAGAGAGAGCAGAGAGCUUCAGAGGAUCUCUGCUCUCUGCACUCUGAGAAACUCAAACUCUUCUGUCUGGACCAUCAGCAGCCAGUUUGUCUCGUCUGCAGAGAUUCAGAAAAACACACCAAUCACAGAUUCAGACCCAUCGAGGAAGUUGCUCAGCAACACAAGAAGAACCUUCAGGAAACUCUGGAGCCUUUAAAGAAGAAGCUGGAGCUCAGGAAGAAAGUUCAGGAGGAGUUUGAUCAGACAGCAGAACACCUGAAGGUCCAGGCCCGACACACAGAGAGGCAGAUUAUGGAGCAGUUUAAGCAGCUUCAUCAGUUUCUAGCAGAGGAAGAGGAGGCCAGGCUGGCUGCACUGAGGGAGGAAGAGGAGCAGAAGAGGGAGAAGAUGGAGGCUCUGAGCAGAGAGAUAGCAGCUCUGUCAGACACAAUCAGAGCCACAGAGGAGGAGCUGAGAGCUGAAGACGUCUCAUUCCUGCACAACUACAAGGCUGCAGUGGAAAGAGUCCAGCGCUGCCCCCUGCUGGAGGAUCCACAGCUGCCCUCAGGAGCUCUGAUAGACCAGGCCAAACAUCUGGGCAACCUGGCCUUCAACAUCUGGAGCAACAUGGAGAACAUGGUGACCUACACUCCUCUGGUUCUGGACCCAAACACGGCUGGGUCAAGACUCCAUCUGUCUGAAAAUCUGACCAGCAUUAGAGUAGGAGUGGAACAGCAACUUCCUGAUAAUCCAGAGAGAUUUGAUUAUUACUGGUGCUCGUCUGUUCUGAGUUCUGAUGGUUUUAACUCAGGGAACCACAGCUGGGAUGUUGAUGUUGGAGACAGUGAAGCCUGGAGACUUGGUGUGUUAGAAGAGUCUGUUCAGAGGAAGGAAAGCAUAAAGUCUGGAUUGUUGUUUAUAAAUAAUUACUAUGCAUUUUCUCCACCAGCUCCUUCCACUCGUCUCUCAGUCCAGAAGAAUCCCCAGAGGAUCAGAGUGAAUCUGGACUGGGACAGAGGAAAGCUGUCCUUCUCUGAUCUGGAUACUAACACACACAUACACACCUUCACACACACCUUCACUCACAAGAUGUUUCCAUUCUUCGCCACUGAUAAAACAUUAAAGAUCGUACCGAUGAAGAUCUCAGUGAUCAAGCAGCAGCUCUGAUGAUCUCAGCAUGAAGAUCAGAGAG